AUGCCCAACCAGUUCAACCAGGACACUCAAGAAGAGGCUGGACUAGAGGUACACCAAUUUUGGCCACUGGUCAAAAUUCAGUGUUCCCCUGACCUGAAAUUUUUCUUAUGCAGUCUCUACCUUCCUAUAUGUAUGACAAAUUAUAAAAAACCGUUACCCCCCUGUCGAUCAGUAUGUGAAAGGGCUAAAGCUGGUUGUGCACCUAUCAUGCUGACCUAUUCAUUCGACUGGCCAGAACGGAUGAAAUGUGAAGAAUUACCUGAAUACGGGACUGAUCAGCUGUGUAUGGACAUGAACACUACUGAACGGCCCUCACCCCCUUCGAAGCCUCACUAUACGCUACCCACAGAUCGUUCCUACAACCCGUUCGGAGAUUCUAAGCCCUGGCGCUUUAAUAAACAAAACAAUCACUAUUACAACUCUAAAAACUUGAACGAUUUAAGCAAAUCGUCAGGAAGGGAUGAUUGUUCCUGCCGUUGCCGGUCACCCCUCUUGCAAAUCGACGAUCAAGCUCACGGUCACUACAAUCGUAUAUCAACGGGGAAAAUGAAAAAUUGUGCUGUCAAUUGUUAUGGACCUUAUUUUGGUCAUAACGAACAAACAUUUGCUAACUUUUGGAUCGGUCUCUGGUCAAUUCUUUGUUGUAUAUCUACAGCUACCACUGUAAGCACUUUCUUUAUCGACAUGCAAAGGUUUCGUUAUCCGGAGCGACCGAUUAUUUUCUUAAGUGCUUGUUAUUUUAUGGUCAGUAUUGGUUACAUCAUUCGACUGAUCGUCGGACAUGAAGGGGUCGCCUGUAAUAAAGGUAUGAUUCGGUAUAAUACGACAGGACCGGCCACGUGUACAGUUGUUUUUCUGCUCAUCUAUUUCUUUGGAAUGGCCUCCUCUAUCUGGUGGGUGGUCCUCUCUUUUACCUGGUUCUUAGCAGCCGGUUUGAAAUGGGCUGAAGAGGCCAUCGCCAGUUAUUCACAGUAUUUUCACCUUGCUGCUUGGCUGAUUCCAUCUGUGAAAAGCAUCGCCGUUCUAGCCAUGUCCUCCGUCGAUGGCGACCCGGUUGGGGGGAUAUGUUAUGUUGGCAACCAGAACUUGGAAAACCUUCGAGGUUUCGUUUUGGCCCCGCUCUUUGUUUACCUCGUGUUGGGGACGUCGUUUUUGUUCGGGGGAUUCGUUUCGUUGUUUCGGAUUCGGAACGCCAUCAAGCGACAGGGCCGUGCUAAAACAGAAAAAUUGGAAAAACUCAUGAUUCGCAUUGGAGUUUUCUCUUUCUUAUACACGGUCCCAGCAACUAUUGUUAUAAGUAUAUAUUUUUAUGAGCAACACAUGCGAUCAUCGUGGGAAACCAGUUUUAUAUGCCGGUGUGGACCACCCCAUUAUAAACCCGAUUUUUCCGUGUUUAUGCUCAAAUAUUUUAUGUGUUUGGUUGUCGGAAUUACAUCCGGCUUCUGGAUAUGGACAGGAAAAACCUUAGAUUCUUGGAAAAGGUUUUACAGCAAAGUUUGCCAAAGUCGCGCCUACAGUACGUCCAAUCGUAUAAAUAAAUACACAAAUCCUUCCUAUCAAAUGACUAAACCACAGCCUCUUGAUCAUGUUUGA